AUGCCGACCUUUCUCUCUCUCGUCCCCGCCACGUCUGCCUCAUACCCCCAGGCUCCGGUAAGCCGUGCCGGCGGCAGCAACGAAACCUCGGCGGUGCCAGCGGAGCCAUCGUUGCGGCGGUCGUCCAGCAGCGCCAGCACCACAGGCUACCGGGUCUUGAAGCUCGGUCCCGUCCACUGGGGCGAGCACCUGGACGAGCACAAGGAGGACUUUUACGAUACGGCAGCCACUCCGUGA